GGGAUGCUGUUGCCAGGGAACAGCAGUGAACUAGAACCGUCCAUUUUUACCAGCUUGCAGGGAGAUGGAAAAAAAAUGCCCAACUGCAAGUACCAACUGGACUAAAUGUGCAUCAGAGAGAGGAGGACAACAGCUGAUCACAUCUCAGAGCAUCCAGGAGGAGGAGCAGGAGGAGGGGGACACGACUUCUCUGUCUGCCUUCAUUAGCAGAGUCCUCAGUCCAGACCAGGUCUUCUGGAGAGCAGCAGAGUUCCACCUGCAGAUGUAAACAGCAGUGAUGCUGCUGAGACUCCUCUGAAGAGGAGAAAGAGGAGAGACCUGCUCAUCCAGAGUGUUGAGCUGAAGCCCGUCCUCCCUGGCAGAGGAUGGGUACAACAGAAGCCACACUCCGCAUGGACAACAUGGAGGUGAAGGACGAGUGGCAGGACGAGGACUUUCCAAGACCUCUACCAGAGGAUGGAGACAUCGACACUUCAUGCGGCCUCGCUGACAACAGAAUCAACCAUCCCACGUCUCUGAAUGUUGGAGAUUCCGAGGGCCGGAAUAAGCGGCGCACGCUGGUCGCCCCCAACAUGAACCUGUCCCUGGAUCACAGCGACGGUUCUCUGCUCUCUGAAGACUUGCUGGAGACGCCCGAUGACCUGGACAUCAACGUAGAUGACAUCGAGACUCCGGAUGAGACUGACUCACUAGAGUUCAUCAACAACGGCAAUGAGCUGGAAUGGGAAGAUGACACACCUGUGGCCUCAGCUAAGCGACUUCCCGGUGAGGGGGAGGAAGCGAGAGACUCGUCUGGUCGUCUGUGGCGCACCGUGAUCAUCGGCGACCAGGAGCAAAGGAUUGACAUGCAGGUCGUCAGGCCGUACCUGAGGGUGGUCACACACGGAGGUUAUUACGGCGAGGGUUUGAAUGCCAUCAUAGUGUUUGCAGCUUGUUACCUUCCCGACAGCGGCUGUGAAGACUAUGCAUACAUCAUGGAGAAUCUCUUCCUAUACGUCAUUAGCAGUCUGGAGUUGUUGGUGGCAGAAGAUUACAUGAUUGUUUACCUGAAUGGAGCGACUCCCCGCAGGCAGAUGCCUGGAAUCAGCUGGCUGAAGAAAUGCUACCAAAUGAUUGCCCGGAAGCUGAGGAAGAAUCUGAAGUGUAUGCUCAUUGUUCAUCCCACAUGGUUCAUCAGGACCAUCCUGGCCAUCUCCAGACCUUUCAUAAGUGUGAAGUUCAUGGAUAAGAUUCAUUACAUCCCCACUUUGGAGGAACUCAGUCAGAUCAUCCCCAUGGAGCAUGUGCAGAUCCCUGAGUGUGUGACACAGUAUGACGCCGAUAAGAUCAGAGCACAAAAGGAAAAACUUGCACAAGAACAACAACUGAUCAAAUCAACACUGCCCAAACAAAGGCCAAAGUCAAUGAUGGCAGAGGUGGGCCGUGACUUCUGACAUUAUGAUGGCGCACCAGAGCAAAAUCGUGAAUUCAUUCAUUCAUUCAAUUCAUCCCAACCUCCUGACUGGAUUCAACACCUGUAAGACGAAACUCAUCACCUCCUGCAUGUCAACGUCAGCUUUGUCAACAGGAUGACUUCCACAUUCUGAAUGAAAUACGAAACAAAUUUUUAAGCAGUUAAAGACGUUAAAGUAGUUUGCACAGAAACACAAACCCAUGACUGUAAUUACAUCAUAUACAUACUUUAGUUGUAACACAUAGUUCAGAAAACUGUUUAUGGCUUUGGUAUUGUUUGGUUUUGUGGAUGUUAAUUUUUUUAUUUUUUUUUUUUUUUUUUAAUGUGCAGUGACAUUUUCUUCUUUGACCUGAAUUUACGA